GUGUGGAAAAUUAUGGAAGAAAUCGCCCAAUUUCUGGAGUACAGUGAAUACGAUUUAUUCAACGAUUUCUUGCGAGGACGUAUUCCAGUGUUGGCGCGAAAUCCAAUAACUUCCUCAACACCCAUUGAUGUCGAUGAUGAUGAUGCUGACGAUGGCAUCAUGGACAUUGAGGAAGAUGGGUGGCACAAUCUUCCAGAAAUCAUCAGGGAAGAUAUUUUCUCACUAUUAGACUAUCGUACACGAUUCUACGCCUCUAUGGUAUGCCGUAACUGGUACGAUACAUUUUUUACACCUCGAGUUUGGGCUGAUUUCAUUGUGAAACAACGUAACUUCACUGUGAAACGUUUCAAUUUGUACACAGGCUCACAGCGUGAUAUUGCACACUACAAAGUGCAGAAAUGUCUCGCUAAAGUAGGACAUCAUUUUAAAAGAAUCAUCAUCGAGCCAAACUCUGAUUUUUACAACUUGAGUGGUUUCAUUCGAGUUUUGGCCGGAUUUUUAGCGUUCUUCCAAGAUGAAUACCCAAUGCCUUUACUCCACACCUUUGUAUUUACUUUCGCAUGUGAAACCCGUACCUAUUCAGGCGUGGACAUAUAUGGGACUGGGGGCCAGAUCCUUGAAACAUUGAAGCAUCUGUUAUCUCUAUUGAGGAAUCUCAAGUCGCUUACACUUGAUGAACUACUGCUUGACACCAAAGAGAUCCCAGGUCUGAUGGAGAGUAUCAUGAAACAGAACCAGGAUUCGCUCACACAUCUCUGUCUGAUGAAUUGUUCUAAAGAGCCCUACGGUAUUGGGGAAUUGACCCAGUUUCCUAAUCUACGUACACUGGUUAUAAGCCCUCAGCAUCUAAAUGAUGAAAUUCUGUUGAUGUUAGCGUUCACGAAUAUUGAGAAUCUCCAGAUUACUCAGAAUGAACAUACAUUUGUUGACAAUCUAGUCCCUGUGUCCAUUGAUUGUUGGAAAGAGGUCAAGCAACUCAAUCCAAUGUUUCGAGUUCAGCUGAUAUGCAAAGGGAAAUGUCGUACUGAGAUAGUCUUCCAAGAUCGUGCACCGGUAAAUUCAAUCAUCUAUAGCACACCUUACUCAAGUAUAACUCCAGAUGUGAUUAUGCAUAUCUCUGAACAUUAUAGCAAAACCCUCACUACAUAUGCCCACACUGGUCUGCCAAAGUCGCAUGGUUCGCAGUCCUUUCAUGAGCGAGGGGAUGGAAUGCUGCUGCAUUUGGUGAAAACUUGUCCAAAAUUAAGUACACUCAUUGUAAGACAACGUGUUUCUACGGCAACAUUGUUGUUGAUCGCCAAACAAGCGAAAAGCUUGAAAUCGCUGGUUGUGCGUCGUAAUGCAGUUCUCCUCAAAUCUGAUUGGCCGAAAAUGCUAGAAUGGUCGGAUGAGUUCUACCGAUGGCUACAAUUUAACUCGCGCUCAUAUGAAAGAACAGAGGAAGAGAUUUCUAAGAUCUUAAAUGGACAAUACAAGUGGCGUAUGCUGAAAGACAGGGAGUUCAAACAAGUCAAAGUUCAAUGAAUAGAUUUUUGUGAAUCUCAAUUUUAUGAAUAUUUAUUGUUUGAGAAAUCGAGUAUCAUGUGACAAAAUACAAGACUGCAGUGUCAAUUCAAACGGGACAGAAUGCUUGUUUCCUUUAAAGUACUUCAUAGGUAUUUGUUUGGCUGGUGGCAAGGCAAUUAGAACUUUUUACUUUGAAUUAUUCUGAAUCCAAUAUUUUGUGUUCCUGAUUUAGAGACAUGACAUUUGACUCAAUUUUGUGAACUACUUAUGUGGUGAUGAAAAUUAUGACUCGUAAUCUUUGACAUUGGCAGAUAGUAAUGAAAACAGUGGCACUGUGUUUCUAGUCGUAUUUUUCUAGUCAUGUCCUGGUUUAAUUUUUAAAUGCUAAUAUUCGAGUUAGGGGUCAUGUCUAAGUCAGACACAGAGUAUGCAGCAUAAGAGUUAUCAAGAUUUUUUAGAAGCAAUCAGCCAAACAAAUGUCUUUGAUUUGCAGUGUAAAAUUACAUAUUAUAAUCAUGUAUAGCAUUAGCAAAGGGAAAUAUGCUCUUUCUUGAAGAACCAGAAAGAAAUCUCAAAUCCAUUAAGUGUAUUGUUUGAUAAAAAUGUUUCAUUUUCUGAAAUUGAAGUUUAUAUUAUAAAGACAACAAAUGAUGUAAUAAUUACAGUGUUCUGCCCUCCAAGUGGCAGCAAUUUUGUAACUUUCAUAAUUCUGACCAAAGCUGGUCAAAAUAUGCCAAUUUUUC